UACACAAAUGUAUUAUAUACAUAUCUGCUGUGUGUGUAGUAGUCUAUUUUAGUAUGCGUUCGGAAUACUUGCAAUUUUCUUUGUUGUAAACGACGUGAAGCAGGUAAAUUGUUAAUUAUCGCAAAUAAUGUGAAGUUUCGCGUAAUCUUACGUGCUGAUUAAAGGCUUUGAUAAGUAUCGGUCGUAAGUACACUACCCACUCAUUACCUACUGUGGUAACUAGGUUCAAUUAUGUCGUUAACAUUUUUCCUCGUUUUUGGUGUUCUUCCCUUAAUUUCUUCUACUCGAGGAGCAUCCACGUGUUUUCUUGAUGGGGUAGAUAUAGGUGCAGGUAGUCAUGAACUGACUAAACCCAUAAAUGACACUUAUCGUGGUAUUCUUGAGGUUUUUCAAAUGAAAAAUGUGCAAAGAGUGAUACCGAAAGGGGAUUCAUAUUUUAAAGUCACUUUGAACGACACCACGUUAACCUUUGCAACUGGUGAUAACUUUCCCCAAUAUGAAGCCGAAGCUGAACCCUCAACAAACACGCUGGUUAUUUCCGUUGCUCUGGAGCUUCAAUGUACGGAAUCUAACAAUAAUCACAUGAUUUUCACUCAACGGGUUCUCGACACGAACAACCAUGCACCUCAACUCGAUCAGUCAAACUUUGAGUAUGCAUUUGGUCCAAGCAUACCCAAAGACUUCAUCCUGACUGACUUGCUGCCUAUUAAAGCAACUGAUGGUGACAUCACCAACAAGCAGUUAAAUUUCGAAAUGACCCAAAAUGAGUUCUUCAAGAUAGAAAAGACAGUGCCUAGGUAUACAAAGAAAGAAUACGCGCCAAAGCUAACCGCGUUAAAAGAAAUACCUGCGCCUUUCAGCCAGGAAUUUGAAUUGAAUGUGACUGACUCCGGAGAUCCACCUUUAAAAACUAGAGCGCUGAUUACCGUUAGGGUAUUGAAACCUUCUGAUAUAGUUAACCAGAAUAUUUCCGAAGCCCACCAUCCACCAGUUUUUGGAAAGAAUUUCUACAUGGCCUAUUACAACAAAUCCCACCAAAUUGAAAUGGAAGAUGUGAUCACUAUUCGAUACGGUUUGACGAAUACCACUGCUGUUAAUAUCACCAAACACUAUCAGUACUUUAAUGCCACUUUGAAAAACGAGACAGUAACUGUUCGCGCGAUUAAGGAGUUGCCCCAAGAGAUAAUUUUGGAGGGUUUCGUCGUUGUGGAGCUUGAAUCCCUAAAUGAAGGGGUGAGCAGUCCAGGACGUACCGCGUUGCUAAUCGAGUUUUCGGAUAUGAUGAUAUCCAGUGAAUGUCACAUAUUUAUAUUCGGAUACUCCAUGGGAUACCCAACAGUUUUAUUUUCUAGUGCAAUUUUAGCAAUACUGUUAAUUAACGUUUGCAUCCUAGCUAUAUUUUUUAACAAACAAAGAAAGCCUACCUUUGAAAAGUAUUAGUGUAACAUAUAACAACGAAGUAUUAUAAUAAAUUAAUUUGUAAGUUU